GACCCAUGACUCACGCAGGUUAUUUUUUACAAAAAUAUUAAUAUAAUUCUAUGUUAACAGUGGUUCCAUAAAAUAAUGCCUUAUCAGUAUUAUCUUGUUGAUGCAAGAUUUUCUCUUUAGGUACUUGUAGAUUAAUUUACUCAUAAAACCUUUCAAGAAUAUUGAGUUGAGAGUGAGGCCGCGCUGAAUGGCUCAACAGUUGUAAACCCGUGAUAGUCUUGUAUUGUCAUCGUUAUUACUAUGAUUAUAGUAGUUAGUUCCACAUACAAAUCGGACUUUAAUAACUGUUGAAGUGGUUUCCGCGGUUUACUGUGAGUUGUUGAUUUAGACCAUAGCUCGGAAUCUGUCCAUGCAGUAUGAACGUGGUAAAGGCGGAACACAACAAAGACGAUAAAGGGGGGCCUAUAGAGCAGUACAACCCCUUCGAACAUCGGAAAGUCGAAAAGCCUAAUUCAGACAUAAGAUCAACGGCUAACUUGAUCAAAGCUUCCCUAGGUUCCGGCCUGCUAGCGGGACCGCUGGCUUUCUCCAACGCAGGAUGGGGCAUAGGAAUUCUUGGAACUAUACUAGUAGGAAUUAUAUGCGGACACUGCAUACACAUUCUGGUGAAAACAUCGCGGGGGUGUUGUAUUGCCGAAAGAAAACCUCUACUGGGAUAUGCAGAGACGUGUAAAUCAGUUUUCAAAAACGGGCCUAAGCGUGCUAGACCAUUUGCCACCACUGCAAGCAUAUUUGCGGAGUUUUCGCUGAUGUGCACGUAUGUGGGUGUAUGCUGCAUAUACACGGUACUAAUAGGAGAUUCCAUUAAACAGCUUUUUGACAAAUAUGUGCCUUCAGUGGUCUUACCAGUAGAGUAUUACUGCCUGAUCAUCCUGAUACCACUGUGUCUGAUGUGCCAAAUAAAGUAUCUCAAGUGGUUGGCCAUUUUCUCAAUAUUGGCCAAUAUUCUGCUUUUCGUGACAUAUCUCCUCUGUUUAUAUUAUAUCUUCAAUGGAGAAAUGAACUUUAGUGACAAAAAGGCUGUUGGAAAUCCUGCGAGAUACCCCGCAUUUUUAUCGACAGUUAUUUUCGCAAUGGAAGGUAUCGGAGUUGUUAUGCCAGUGGAAAAUGCUAUGAAGAAACCGAAGCAUUUCCUUGGUUUCCCUAGCGUGCUCGUUGUUGCGAUGGGGGUGAUUGUGUUUCUCUACGCCUCUUUGGGACUUUUUGGUUACUUCCGCUAUGGUGAUGUUCUCAGAGGAUCUAUAACACUAAAUCUGCCAAUGGAUGAGUGGCCAGCGAUAUGCGCAAAGGUGUCCAUAGCGCUAUCUAUUUUCUUCACUUUCCCGCUUCAGUUCUACGUCGUGAUCGACAUAUACACCAAGUACACUGAUACGCACGUAAAUCAGAAGUAUAAGAUUGUUACACAGGUAGCUGCACGUGUCAUCGGAGUAUGUUGUUGUGUUGGUAUCGGCAUAGCUCUUCCUCUUCUAGAGCAGAUCAUCAACAUCGUCGGCGCAGCAUUCUACUCAAUCCUGGGCCUCAUCAUCCCGGCCACCAUUGAAACAGUUUUCCGGUGGAACGACCUCGGAAAAUGCAACUGGGUGUUGUGGAAGAAUUGUUUCAUAAUUUUAUUCGGACUGUUUUGCUUAAUCUCUGGAUGUACGGUUACAAUUUUAGAUAUAAUCAAAAUUCAAAAUAGUAAAACUAUGUAGAUUGCUUCCAAUUUUGAAUCAUACAAGCAAAAAGAAUCCAUUUAUAUGGCAUGGCGACAAAAGUAUUUUCAGCAUAAAACACGAAACGAAUGUUAUACUUACCUAUAUGCUGUCUUCUUUUCUUAGAAUAUGUAUUUAUUGAUAUUUUUAAUGUGGAAUAAUUUAACUAGGAGUGUAAAACUAAAGUUGACUAUAUAGCUCUACAAUAAAAUUGAUUUAGAAACAUAUUGUAUAAAAAACUUCAUUCUAAACAUUUUAUCGGUCUAAUUCGAACAACAAUAUACAUCGUAAUUAACUAUAUGUUUUGCUUAUAUGUAGAUAUAUUAUAAUAGUAAAUAUUAACAUACGUUAAAAAUUCUAAUUAGGCCUAAUUAUUCAGGAAGCAGAACCUUUAAGGAAUUUAUCACGAAACGGUUCUUAGACUGACAUGUUUAAUGUUAAAAUGUAUGAAAUGAAUGUGACUAAUGUGAAAUAAUUAGCAGAAAUGUAUGUGUUUAGGUCAAUAAAAGUAACAUAAUGAUUGAUGUACGGUAUAUCUCUUAAAAAUAGCCAAACGUACCUAAAACGAAAUAUUACUUAAAGUAUUUAUGUUAUAUUUUAAUGAAAUAAACGAUGACAUGAA